AUGGACCGAACCUACCUCGACCGCCUCGCCAUCCGCACCAGCAUAAUAAGAGAUCACACCCCCACCGUUCUUCAAGCUCUCCCCUCAUCCUAUGCCGCAAUCCAAGAACUCUAUACCUACCUAACUACCGUCUAUCUCCCCACUCGCUUCCCAACCAUUUAUUCGCUUACCCCAACCUACCUUUUGAACAAGGCAACAGACCAUCAUAUCCCCCUCACUCCCUCAUCUCCCCUUCAAGCUCUUCAUACUUUAGGUACAAAUAUCGACACCGAAUUCCUCCUCCUCGUCCCUUCUCCUGAUGGCGAUGGAUAUAUUUUGGGAGGGUUCAUUGCAUGUUUCCCCAGCGGUUUCGAUACUCAAGCAUUGCUCGAAGUCGAAGCCGAGGAAUUUGAUAUUAACGAUACGCAUCUCCGCUGCGAACGUCAAUUGGUACACCGUCUUCCACAAACUAACGCCCUGGUAUUCUCUUUCAAAACAUACCUUACACCACUCACUCAGGUGAAAGAAGAAGGUUUGGGAGAGGAAUUAGCAGAGGCAAUUGAAGGAUUGAGAAAGGGAAGUGUACCCGAGAUACAUUACUAUAAGAGAGGCCCUUUAUGGGGUGAGAAGGUCACGGCGUACUUGAGAAGUUAA